AUGGGUCAACAGUCAUCAGCACCUCCGAAAAUUACAGCUCAAGAUAAGGCUAUAUUUCAGUUAAAACAACAACGAGAUAAAUUAAAACAAUAUCAAAAACGUAUAAAUAUAAUUAUAGAUAAGCAAACAGAAUUAGCUAAAAAAGCUAUCGUUAAUAAACAACCAGAUCGAGCCAAAUUUUAUUUAAGAUCUAAAAAACAACAAGAAACUAUUAUAAAUUCAACCCUUGAUCAAUUAAAUAAUUUAGAACAAAUUAUUGGUACUAUUGAAUUUAAAUUAAUUGAAUCGGAUGUUAUUAAAGGAUUACAACAAGGUAAUAAAGUAUUACAAAAAUUAAAUAAUGAAAUGAAAAUAGAAAAAAUAGAAUCAAUAAUUGAUCAAUUAGAAGAUGAGAAAUUAAAAGUUGAUGAAGUUACAGAAUUAUUAGGAUCUGCAGGUCCACAAUUGAAUAUAUCAGAAGAAAAUGAAGUUGAUGAAGAACUCAAGAAUCUUGAAGAAGAAAUUCAUGGUAAACAAAAAGUGGAUACAAAAGAUGAACCAGUCAAGAAUAAAUUACCUGAUGCUCCUACUAAUGAAAUAAUGCCUAAUGCUCCUAAUGGAGAGAUUUUAACUCCAAAUAAAGAAACAAAAGAACUGAAUGAACCAAUAGCUAUAUGA